AUAACAAGGAAGUGCGUCACACAAACAGGAAGUGUAGUGAUAAUAUCCAUCAGCAAAAAUGAAGAUGACAGAAGAAAACUCUCCUGAAAUGUCAAAUAUAACGAUUGAUGAUGUGAAUGCUUUGAUAAAAAAGAAAGACGAAAUUGAAGAGCAGAUAAAAGCAUACUUUGAUGUCCUAGAGGACCAGGGCGUUGGAAUCGAGGGUCCACUGGUUGACGCCGAGGGUUACCCUCGAGCUGAUGUGAAUUUAUACCAAAUCAGGACAGCGAGACACAACAUAUCAUGUCUCCAGAACGAUCACAAGGCCAUCAUGGCAGAGAUAGAGGAAGCCCUGCAUAAGCUCCACGCUUGUGAGAAAGCCAAGCGAGACCAAAACCAAGCAGAGACCUCAGAAGAGCCCAUGGAGCAGGAGGUCACCCUGCCGCCUCCUUUUGCACGAGUUGACACUGUGACUGAAGGCUCACCUGCCUCUGCAGCUGGCCUCAGAGUUGGAGAUGAAGUCAUCGAGUUUGGCUCUGUAAAUACCAAAAACUUUCAAAACCUCCAGAAUAUUGCAUCUGUGGUGCAACACAGUGAAGGGAAAGCUCUGCGUGUUGGAGUUAUAAGGUCUGGCCAAAAAGUUCAGAUGACCCUCACUCCACAAAGAUGGUCUGGCAGAGGUCUGCUGGGGUGCAACAUCCUUCCUGUCCAGAGAUAAACUGCAGGAUUACAUUCUGGUGCUUUUUCCUUCCUUUUUUGAGUGAUUUCACAAUGACUUUGUAUACAUGAAGCAGUCCUACAGCUGAGAUAUGGGACAAUAAAGAACACUUGAUCAAGAGAUUUCAAUGAA